CCUCCACCUCUCAUUUCAUUCUCAGUUUCUCACUACACUACUUCCACUUUUUCCUGUUCUGUUCCCUUCACUUAAUUAACGAUGCAAGGCCUUCGCCGCUGCUCGAACGACGUCGUCCAGCUAGACCUCUCCACCCCAACCACCACCACCACCACCACCACCACCACCUCUUCUUGUUCUCUCUCCAUCGACGUGGACGAAUCAACGGAGGCCCGCAUCCAGCGCCUGAUCUCGGAGCACCCUGUGAUAAUCUUCACGCGGUCCUCGUGCUGCAUGUGCCACGUCAUGAAGAAGCUCCUAGCCACCAUCGGCGUCAACCCCACCGUCAUCGAAUUGGACGACCACGAGAUCGCCGCCCUCCCCUUUCCCGACAACAACCACCGCAACCCCAUCCCCGCCGUCUUCAUCGGCGGCGACUCCGUCGGCGGCCUCGAGUCUCUCGUCGCCCUUCACGUCUCCGGCCACCUCGUCCCCAAACUCGUCCAAGUUGGCGCCCUCUGGGUGUGAUAACAACAUCAUUAUCAUAAUAAUCACAAUCAUAAUAAUAAUUAGUUAAUCAAUUACCAGUUACCUCCACCAUCCCAAUCAAGUCAAAUACCAGCCACAAAUAUAUUAUUAUCAUUAUUUACUUCCAGAAAAGGAAAAAAAAACUAAUUAUAUAAUUUUGGGUCUUCUUUCUAUGUGAAAUGGAAUCUCAAUUGAUGGAGUUUUAUUCUUAUUCUUUUUUAUUUUAUUUAUUUAAUUUAAUUGAGUUCUUAUUUAGUGUUGUUUUUGUUGUUGUUGCUGUGAGUGAAAAAGAGAGAGGUCAAAAUGGGGGGCUUGGAAUCAAUCUGCUAGUGUAGUAUGGUUGGGCGUGAAGAAUACUCAGUGGGGUUUGAGUGACACGUGUUAGGAAAGGGCAUCUGUGUUUAGUGAUCUUGAGAGCCACAAGGGCAUGACUCGGUUUAGUUUAUCAUCAUGGUAUAUGACUCAUUUAGUUUAUCAUUA